AUGUCUGCCUCAAGUCUGUUCCGUUCUCUCAGACCGGCCUCAAGCCUUACAACGCGAUCACUAUGGUCUGGGCGCCUCAAUGGCGCUGUAGGAUACGCUCGUAGCUUCCACACAACUCGACCAUGUGCUGCUCUGUACCUGAACGUGGACAACGCGACAUUUGACAAAGUGACCAGUGUGAAGGACCGCGUUGUGUUGGUCGACUUCUAUGCCGAUUGGUGUGGUCCCUGUCGCCAAUUAUCCCCUGUAAUAGAGAAGUUGACUCAAGAGCCGGCAACAUCUGGCUCCGGUCUCCCAAUUGACCUCGUCAAAGUCGACACAGACUCGACGGAAGGUCAAGCACUUGGAAGGAAAUACCGGGUCACGGCCCUUCCGACGGUGCUAGCAUUCAAGAACGGCGAAGUAGCGGAUGGGUUCCUUGGAGCACAGCCAGAGGCCAAAAUCAAGCAAUUCAUCGAGUCGCUAUAG